GCUCGGUAAGGAGUGGCACUUUUUUAAAAGUGCGAGCCUGAGGCCAGCCAGCAGCCAGCAGCCCGUCGGUCCCAACCUGGUCCCGCCCGUCCCUGCCGCGCGCCCCGGUCCCACACCAGUGCAGUUCAGGACAGUCCAGCCCGCACCAUGCCGGUCAAAGGAGGCACUAAGUGCAUCAAAUACCUGCUUUUCGGCUUUAACUUCAUCUUCUGGCUUGCCGGAAUUGCCGUCCUUGCCAUUGGACUAUGGCUCCGAUUCGACUCUCAGACCAAGAGCAUCUUCGAGCAAGAAAACAAUCAUUCCAGCUUCUACACAGGAGUUUAUAUUCUGAUUGGUGCCGGUGCUCUCAUGAUGCUGGUGGGCUUCCUGGGCUGCUGUGGGGCUGUGCAAGAGUCCCAGUGCAUGCUGGGAUUGUUCUUUGUCUUCCUCUUGGUGAUAUUUGCCCUUGAAAUAGCUGCGGCCAUCUGGGGAUAUUCCCACAAAGAUGAGGUAGGUUUUUCCUGUAAGAUCUCUUGGGACCUGCAGUGAUAUGGGAUUGGGAGC